AAUAAACAGUAUUACUGCUUAAUUUCAAGACAAUAAUUAUGUUCAAGGAAUUAAAAUGAAAAACUUGCGUACUCUGUCUGCUGAAUUAUUUAACGCUUAAAGCGAUAGUCAAGGUACCAGCAAAAUGCGCGAUUAUGCUGUCUGCAACUUUGCCAGUGUUUCUUUACUUUAAUUUUGCGCUAUGGCCGUAUGGCGUUUUUUCUGGUAAGAAUAAUAUUCGUCUAAAUCUGAAAGGCAUCUCUGUUUGCCUUUACAAUCCGGGAAGCCUUUCACAGUAUCACAGAUAUAAAAUACGAAAGAUUAUCAUUUUUCAAAGGGAUCUUCUUCUUGAACAACGCUAUCAGCUAUAAUAAUCAGUGAUCGUAGCAGAAUUUUGGGAAGCUUUUCAGCAUUGGUUUAGCAAAUCCAGAGGCUAUCAUUUCAAUAUUGCGGAUCCACAAUGACUGAUGACAACGGCGACACGAUCACUUGCCAAGGAGACACGGAAACCUCGGCCAAAGACACGGAAAUCAAACGCCUCCGCCAGCGUCUGCACGAGCAGUCUUCGCUGAUCGCGCUCCUCAGUGAACAGGCUGAACGUCAAGCACAGCUGAUUCCCGCGGACUUUGUCACGGAACGCCAGCGCGCCGAUGCGCUCAGCCAGCGUUUCGAUGAGUUGGCCGACAAAUUCCAGGAGCUCAGCCACAUCAAAGACAGCUACAAAGAGCAGAUCCGUUCGUUGGAGCUAAUCGUCCGGCAGAGCGCGCAGCGUCAACAGGCGGCACUGCGACCUCUCCUCCACGCCAAAGAUGAGCAACUCGACGUUCUGAAGAAACGGAUCGACAAACUGGAGCAGGACAAAUCCGGGUUCGCGGCGGAACGCGCGCUCUUCCACUACGAGCGCGAAGAACUACACACCGUUUUAUUAAAAAAAGAAUCAGAAAUCAGUGACCUUUCUCAGCGUUUAGACAACACCGUGGAAAAGUGCUGCCAUUUGGAGGCGGAGCUGGAGAAAGUGAUUGGUGCGCUGCAGGAGAAUGAAGAGCUUCGUUCGGUUGUGACACAGCGCGGGUCGCUGUUGGCGGGGAAAGAUAAGGUCAUCGCGGAGUUGAAGGAAGAAGUGCUGCAGUGGCGUCAGCGGCUGAUGGACGCCGUAGCGAAGUAUCAUGAGAAAAGUAGUCAAGUGGAUGUGGAAUGCCGUGUAAAGGCUUUGAAUGAGGAAGUGUUUCAGCUGAAAAAGUCAUGCUCGGUGUUGGAAAGAAGGAUCGAGGCGCAGAAGAAAGUGACAAAGAAGACGAUUGAUCAGCAAAAAUCGUGUGUUGAAAGGAUUUUGAAAGCGAGUAAAGUUGGGGAUUUACUUAAAACGUACGGUGCAGCCAUUAAAUACGCGGAAAACUGAGAGCGACUGAGAAAAUCUGGAUCAUCCUGGUUUAUGACAACCUUCCAUAAUUAUUCGCUGAAUUGGCGGACGGUUACUGCCGAUGCGCCGCCCUCUCUUAAUUGUGUGCUUUAGCUUUUGGCGCAGAAUGUACGCGGGUGACCAUUUCGUCGCAGAUGUGAUGGGCGCUGUGGUAUGUGCAAAACUUUAGCUUCCCGUUCGCGGUCUGGCGGAACAUGUGCAACCGCAACACCUCAUCCACUGUAUCCAGGAAGAGCUGGGCGUGCUUCGGCUGGAAAAUGAGCGCCGGGCGGAUACGGAUGGUUGUGGGACCGGAAGUGCCGAUUUGUACUCCUACAAAAACCAAUCAGUUAUUGUACGGAACUCUUCGAGUGCCGUUUGAGAAAAAGCCUUGCUUACCGCUGUUGCGCAUUUCCUUAACAAAUCGUGCUGUUGUUUCCGCAUCCGGCAGAUCGAACGCUCGAAGUGUGCCGCUUCCACGACUGUUCCUUAUGAAUUCUGGAUACUUUUCCUGUAGCGUUAAUAUUCGUUACAGGGCGUAAGAUUGCUGCAUCAGCGUUUCGGCGUACCUGCAAGGUUUGCAGCCCUUUUUCAAGAAUUUUCGCAGACUGUUCAACGGUGGUUAAAAGGUCAUCCCGGCGGAUAACUUCCAGCGCUUUCUCCAGUAGAAUUAAUUUGGUUGGAUCGCCCAUCCACGUAUUGAAUAUCUUAAAGCCCUGUUAUAAUAUACCGCUAUAGAGCAAGGUUGAGGCCUCUAUAGCGAAUACUGAGUGUGUGUGUGUUCGUUACGUACUUCUUGAACGUAGAGAUCUUUGUGGUAGAAGUAGCCACCAGUCAUGAACUUCUUGCUGAACGACACCACAUCGGCUGGCGUGUCCAGAUUGAACUGUUCGUGCAUCCACAUGCUGCCGGUGGAACCGCCACCUGUGUGCACUUCAUCGAACAUUAGCGCCGCCCCAUUCUACGUACAUCAAAAACGGAUCAUUAGAAAAUUAAUGAGAUUCAUUCUAUCAUUUGCUGGAAGAAUUCCGCCGAAGCGUGAUUAUCCCCGCCUUCGGCUUGAAUCGGCUCGACGACCACUCCAGCCACCGGCUGACCCUGCCCAAUGUACUCGGCAAACAGUUCCUGCACACGCGCCAGACAUCGCUGAUCCUCACGGCGGUUGGCUUCGGCAUGCAGUGCUACAGGGUAUUUGUAGCGCGGGAAGGGCGACGUCGGCCAGUCUAAUGUAGGGAUGUCGCGUUUAUAGUAGGAGCGGGAAUGCGAUGCCGCCAGGCAGCCUACAACCGGCAGAUGAAUUGUACUUUCGAAUAUCGAUUUUAGAAAUUAUCAUCAGUUUCAGGAAUUUUAUCUUAUUACCUUUUAAUUAAUUUUUACUAGCUAAUUUAAUGCUGUGAACUAACCGAAUGUUCGCCCAUGGAAUCCGCCCUGGAAAGCCAGCAUGGUGAGCGGUGGACACGCCGGGCCUUUGUUUUCUAGAGAUUGUUCAAGCUCCUCCUCCGUAUACGGUUUUCCGUCACGCAGCUUAUUCUACAAAUUGCCAAUUAUGUCAACAUUAGAUCGAUAA